AUGCACGCAACUCAUCACCCUCUCUCCCCAACACCAUACCACCACCUCCGUUAUCGAUCUCCUCCGUUCUGUCAUGGGUUGUGGCGCUUCAGUUUGGGUCCUGAGCACCAUCCCAACAACCCCUUCCACUACAAAGUCGCCCGACCCAUCAACGUCGAGGAGCCUCCCAAAGCCUCUCCUUCGCCCCUCAACAACGACGCCGUUUUCUCCUUCCGCUUCAUGCCGGCCGACCAUGACGAGGUCGGAGUCAAAGAGGCCAAGCAACAUGGCCCCGCAAAGCCUCCGUCCGUUAACGUUCUUCCACCCACCGUUGAGAUUGAGAGGGAUGAUGCCUUCUCCGGCGCUGCGUCCCCCAGUUUCAGGGAAUAUUGCGUCCACUCCGGAUCUUCCAGUGAUAUAGAACACUCCCACGAUGACCCUGACAUGGCCGAAACCACCGACAACAUGGGUAAUGACGAUCCAAUAUUGGUGGGCAAGAGCAAGCCAUCGAGGAAGGAAAUCACCAACCCCAAAAAGGAGUCUGAGAAGAAAGAGAGAAAAGGGAGAAGACUUAGGGAUGUUAUAAACAAGGGAAGAUCAGGUGGGAAGAAAAUUGGCAUCGUUCGCCAUAGAUCUGACAACAUAGCCGGAAGACUCACUUGAGAAGAGAAAAUGUGAAGAGCAAGUCCUUAAUUCUCAUCCAUCUUGCGAGUGUCGUGGGACUAUAGAGGAAUCAGGAUUGCUUUUUAAAAUCCUGAAUAUUCUCAUAUGACAUAUCACAUACCAGUUAUGGGGGUCAGAAGAAAAGUUUAUAUACAUACAUGCUUAUUCACCUGAAUAUUCUCAUACGACAUUUAACAUACCAACAGUUAUCGAGGUGAGAAGAAAAGUUUAUAUACAUACUGUACUGGACCUUAUAUAUGCGCAAUCUGAUAUUCUGAUGAAUAAUGCAUGGCUUAUUCAAAUUC